GCAUUGUAUAGAUUUUCUAACCUAAAAAAAUCAUUAUGUACAACAUUAUGUAUAAAAAAUCGUGAGCAUCAAUAACAUUAUAAUCUUUAUCAUGACAGAACAAGAAGUAAUGCCGGUCAUUGAAAUGGAUGAAACUAGUGAUGCGGAUAGUGGUGAUGACUGGAGUGAAACCAAUGAAGAUACUCAAACCGUUACAUGUCUUUUUUGUAAAGAUACUACCGAUGGAAUAACAAAUGCAUUGAAGCAUCUUGAAGUACUUCAUAAUUUUGCUUUAAGCAAUUUUAUAACAAAGCACUCUCUUGAUUCCUAUUCAUAUAUUAAAUUAAUCAAUUUCAUUCGACAAAAAAAUAUUCAACCAGAACAAUUAAAUACUUUAUGUAUAAAAGAUUGGCAAGAUGAUGAAUAUUUAUAUCCUGUUAUAGAGGAUGAUCCGUUACUAAUGUAUGAUGUCGAAGAUUUAGAAAACAAACCUGUAAACACUAUUAGUUACACUGUAAAUUCAGAGAAUGGGUGCGUUACUUUAUCGGAAGCGCAUUUUGCUGAGCUACAAAGGACGAUUCAGACACUUAAAGCACAACUAGAACAACGUGAAAUAGCAUGCUUUUUAGCUAAACAGCAAGUGAACGAGAUGGUAGAAAAAGCACAAAAAUUAGUUUUGGAUGACGAACAAGAGAACAUAGAAGAAAUAAUUGAAACGAAACGUAAUUCGCAUGCCGAUGAGGGAUAUUUUAAUACAUACAGUCAUUUUGCCAUUCAUCAUGAAAUGCUGACAGAUUCAAUAAGAACAAAAAGUUAUCGUGAUGCGCUGUUUUCAAAUUCUACUAGAUUUAAUAAUUGUAUAAUGUUGGAUGUUGGUUGUGGAACAGGUAUCUUGUCUAUGUUUGCAGCAAUAUCUGGUUGUCGCAAAGUUAUUAGCGUUGACCAGUCUGAUGUAAUAUAUCAGGCUAUGGAUAUUAUAAGGGAAAAUAAUUUAGAUAACGUUAUUACGUUAAAGAAAGGUCGCUUAGAAGAUAUCUCGCUCGGAGAAGAAAAAGUAGAUGCUAUUAUCUCCGAAUGGAUGGGAUAUUUUUUGUUAUUUGAAGGAAUGUUAGACACAGUUAUUUAUGCAAGGGAUCAUUAUUUAGUCGCUAAUGGUGUACUAAUGCCAAACAGAUGUUCAAUGAGUAUAGUUGGAAGUGGUGAUACACAAAGAUACGUGGAUUUGAUUGAUUAUUGGUCAAACGUCUACGGUUUUAAAAUGAGCUGUAUGAAAAGCGAAGUUUUGAAAGAACCAAGCAUAGAAAUUUGUAGGUCUGAAUAUAUUAUAACCACUGCUGCCGAAAUUCAGACAUUUGACUUAUACACAGUCACUACAGAUUGUGUUAACUUCUCCGCACCUUUCAAUUUAACUGUGAAAAAAACAGGAUCAUUGACUGCGAUAAUUGGUUACUUUGAUGUAUUCUUUGAUUUAGAAACUGCAAUCAAUUUCAGUACUGGACCAAAUGCUUCUCCCACCCACUGGAAACAAACAGUAUUUUCUUUAAAAGAACCUAUUAGUAUAACCGAAGGUGAAGUCUUAAGCGGCAAAUUAAUAUGUCGCAGGCAUAUUAAAGAUGUUCGUGGUUUGAUCAUUACCAUUCACAUCAAAGAUUUUAGUCAAGUUUACUAUAUGAAUUAGAUUUAAUGGAUAUGCUUUUGCAUUGUAAGUCUAUUAAACAAAAUUUAUAUCUUUAUUAAAUCGAUACUUUUAGUAUGUUUAUCCAACUUUC